AUGACUCAUCGUCAAGAAAACCAAGACAGAAUCCUUGGAGAAGCCCAUCCUGACCAGAGCAGUGCACGAGGCCUCAGUCCUGUGCAGGGUCUCGUGCAUGAGGAGGAAGCAGCAGCCACUGUUACCUCUGCAUCUUCUUCCUCCCAUGCUUUAAUGGAGGAUACAGCAAGAGAAGAGCCUGGGCCUCUGAAUAUAAGUUGUCCUCAGAAUUCUCAUGGUGUCUCCUCUCCUCCCACUGCCAUGGCUUCCAGUGAAAACAGUCAGAGUCAUGCAGGCUCCAGCAUUGAAGAAGAAGAGGGUGCAAGUGUGUCCCGGGACAAUGAUGGUCCUCAAAUCAGGAUGGAUGUUUUUGAAAGUGAUAAGAUACAUAUGAUUGUGCGAUUUCUGCUCAGGAAGUAUCAAAAGAAUGAGCAGUUCUCCAGGGAAGAAAUGGUGCAAAUGGUGGGCAACAGUGCCCAUGAUAAUUUCCCUGUGAUCUUUAGGGAGAUCUGUGAGUGCAUGCAUCUGGAUUUUGGCAUUAUCGUAAAAGAAGUGGAUUCCACUGCCCACACAUAUGAGCUUGUCUCUACCCUGGGCCUCACUUAUAGAGGGAUACUAGGUGGCACUGACCAGAUUAUUUGUAAAGCUGACCUCUUGAUACUCAUCCUGAGUGUGAUCUUCCUAAAGGGCAAUCGAGUUAGUGAAGAGCACCUUAAGGAAAUUUUGAUACAUAUUAAGAUAUUAGCUGAGAGUGCUCACAUUGCUGUUGGGGACCCCUGGAAAUUCGUCAGAGAGGAUUUGGUUCAGGCAGAGUACCUGGAGUACCAGCAGGUUCCUAACAGUGAUCCUGCUCGGUAUGAGUUCCUGUGGGGUCCGAGGGCUCUUGCUGAAACCACCAAGAUGAAAGUACUAGAGCAUACCAUCAUGUUGGAUGAGAAAUAUCACAGGGAUUGUCCAUACCAACCUCAGCAGCCCUAG